AGUUAACCUUCUAUGCAUUAAAUCUAAAUCGAGAAAAAGUGUACCAUUUUAAAAUUAUUGUACGAAAUAUCGUAAAAAUAGUAAAAUAUGUUCAUAAAGUAACAUAUGCACGAGUAUUUAUGUAGCUACAAGUAUUUUAAACCCUAUAAACUCGAUCGAGUCGUAGCAAAGUGACGACAAAGGUCGAUGGUCGAUCAGAAAAUUAAUGGUGAGGUGAAGCCCAUUUCACAUGAAAAAAUGUUGUAACAAAGUGAUUUUGUGAUUUAAAGUGAUUUUUAUUCGUUUUCUAGCGAUUUUAUGUUAUCUGAAGUGUACCAGAAGGUGUCAUUAAUUCGACAAAUGACUAGAAGUGCGAAAAUACUGUGAUCACUGAAUCGGAAGAAGGGUAUAAGCAAGAAAUGUGAUAUAUUUAUAGAAUUGUUUAAAAGUCGGACAGAAAAUAUGAGUGGCCGACCAAGAACUACUUCUUUUGCAGAAGGUAAUAAGCAAGCAUUGAAUCCACCUAUAGGUGAUAUGAAAAUUAGCAGUGGAGGUUAUAUAGGGAAAGAUGGAAGUAAAGUGACGACUGUAGUGGCGAGGCCUGGUCAAGGGCCCGAUCGACCUCAGGAAGUAUCUUACACUGACACCAAAGUAAUUGGAAAUGGCAGUUUUGGAGUUGUGUAUCAGGCUAAAUUGUGUGACACUUUUGAGUUAGUAGCUAUUAAGAAAGUUCUGCAAGAUAAGAGGUUUAAAAACAGAGAGUUACAAAUUAUGCAGAAAUUAGAACAUUGCAAUAUAGUGAAACUUAAAUAUUACUUUUACUCUAGUGGAGAUAAGAAGGAUGAAGUGUAUCUCAAUUUGGUUCUGGAGUACAUCCCUGAAACAGUGUAUAAAGUGGCAAGGCAUUACAGUAAGGCUAAACAUACAAUACCAAUCAUCCAUAUAAAGUUGUAUAUGUACCAAUUAUUUCGUUCAUUAGCCUACAUUCAUUCAUUAGGUAUAUGUCAUAGGGAUAUAAAACCACAGAACUUGUUGUUAGAUCCAGAGACUGGAGUGUUAAAAUUGUGUGAUUUUGGAAGUGCAAAACACCUUGUCAAAGGUGAACCUAAUGUAGCUUAUAUUUGCAGUAGAUAUUAUAGGGCACCAGAGUUAAUUUUUGGUGCUAUUGAUUACACCACUAAAAUUGAUGUGUGGAGUGCAGGCUGUGUUUUGGCAGAGCUUUUAUUAGGUCUGCCCAUAUUUCCUGGUGAUUCAGGAGUAGACCAGUUAGUGGAGAUUAUCAAGGUAUUGGGAACACCUACCAAAGAACAGAUCAAGGAAAUGAAUCCCAACUACACCGAGUUUAAGUUUCCUCAAAUCAAAUCACACCCUUGGCAACAGGUAUUCAGAGCUAGAACACCACCUGAAGCAAUUGAACUAGUAGCAAGAUUAUUAGAGUAUACCCCUUCUUCUAGAAUUAGUCCAUUACAGGCUUGUGCACAUUCUUUCUUCAAUGAACUUAGAGAACCAAAUACUCGACUUCCAAAUGGAAACAAGCUACCACCUUUAUUUAAUUUUACCGAACAAGAAUUAAACAUUCAACCAACAUUGAACAGUAUACUGUUGCCAAGAGGUACCCAAGAGGCAGCUAAUCCUCAAGAGAGUUCAUCAGCUGCUAGUCAGGAAGUCUCAGAGGCAACAGCAACUCUCCAAGCAGCAGCUGCUUCUGGUAUAGCUUAGUUAAUAGUUAGUUUAUUUGUGCUAGAAUGUUUAAAUUUACACUUGUCAAAUUUAAUACCUAAAAUACUUCACUCUACUGUAGGGAUCGACCCAUUUAUUUUUAUUUGUUUGUCGAUUUAGAUAAUUUGAAGGCUGAUGUAUCACUUUUUAGGUCUAUUGGCCACAUUUGAUAUGUUUUAGUUUAAAUAAUCGAUAUACACAUAUGGCUUGGUUUGAAAACACCUAUAUAAUCUUUAUAUACAGAAGCAUAUAUAUAGUAUAUAUAGUUUAAGUCAAAUUUAUCACUGUAAAAUUCUUGUAAUUGGGGCAAUCUAGUUAAAUAAAUUUAUCAAAUUAGU